AUGGAUAGUCCCAGUCACAACAAUGGAGCAUCUAACAGAACGAACGACGCGUCUCGAGACCCGACCGAGUGUCUUGCCGAGAAAGAGUUAUUAGAAACUGCGGACCUUCGGAACCCCCUGUCAGCUCAGUCAACCAAUUCCUUUACGGGAGGAGAUGUAUGUCCUUUUUCACCAGCUGUGAAUUACUCUUUUCAUUCAGAAGACUCCCGUUCUGCAGCGCAGUCUUUCGUAAUGUCGUUGUCAUCAACGUCAUUCGCGUCCAUUGCGUCGGCGACAUGCAGCGAUGAAAAAGAGCUGAGUCCAGAGCACAAAACGGGCGACGCGUGCAGUUCGGAACACCCAACAGCCCCACAGCAGGCGAGGGCAUUGCAGGAGCGUCACCCAGAGGAACAUUCUAACCGAAACGAGAAGGGUAUACAUAAACUCUACCUGCCGGAGGCACUCACAACUAUAUCGACGAAAGGUGAUGCCUCCCUACGUGCGCCUCAACGCGUGCAGAAGUCGAAUACUCCCUUGCCUUCGAAAUUUUUUGAGACCGAUUAUCCUAUUGAAGGGCUUCUAUCUCUCUUGUUAAGGAAGGAUCAGGAGCCAGCCCGCAUGACGGGGUCAGACAACGAGAAGAAAAAUGAUACCAGUGGGCACACAUCAAUGCACAGCAACUUUGUGGCUCUCCAAGGCACAGACCCGUCUGCCGCCGGAAACAUCUUUAUGACGGGAGAUACACGCAGUGUUCGGCCGAGUCCGGCUGUUAGAUAUGAGAAUAAAGAAUGUAUAGUUAGUGAAUUUUCCCGGCUGUGGAAAGGCAACAAAUGCUUAGGACCCCAAGAGGUUUCAGAUGGGUCCGGUGGGCCGGCGCAGGAUAACAGAACCCAUAUACCAUUUUCUCUGGAUGGCACCGAAAGAGAAAACACUUUGUUCGAGAGGAGCAAAGGACUGCCCAACCCGCAUGCCAUCGUUCUUGAUGAAGAAAGCCUGUUUAAGGAUCUAGCAGCAGCCUGGGACCUUGACGUAACCGAGGAGUCGGCGGCCGAUAGGCACGGAAGGGCCGCCCGCCAUAAACAGCAAUCAGGUUCUCAUUUCGAGAAUCGCUACGGCAUGGAGCUAUGCACUUCCUCCCAAAACCUCCAUAUGACGGCAAAUUCUCCUGACAGCUGCACAUUUCCGAAUUGUGACGGAACCAAGGCUCCACCGGCAGACAUUGGCAUUCCAGAGUUUCUUGGUAGACGCCGGACUUUUCCUGGUGGAGAGGUCGGAAAAAUGGAUUUCACUCAAGACAUCAAAUAUCUCCCUUCUUGUGUAGUUAGGCAUGAAAGCAACCAAGACAGUGAUCCUCAGCGGCGUUAUAGUGGACCGUUUGCUUUGCCUCCCUUGCCUUCGGAUGAGGUUCUCAGUGCUCGUGACGUGUGGUGCUGGCACGGAACGGAAUCUUUCACGCGAGAGAUGCCUGCAGCUCCUUAUCUUGAAGGGUCUUGCAGUCAGAUGAGUUCUUUCCAAGCAGGUGAUAUUUCGGCCGAGCAAGCGACGACGCCCACAGACUUGAACACUUCGGGGAAGCAUGACACAUCGACCACUUCCAGUCGAAGUGGUGGACUGGCCAAGUACACUCUAAUUGUCAACGUGCCUCCUAUGACGACGCGGCAGGAUCUGCAUAUGACCUUUAGCGCAUUCGGCAAGGUCGAGCUUACUGUUGUUGUCUGCGACAAGGACCACAGGCAUCCUCACAGGGAAUGGACCGCAACUAGCGGGUACGCCUUCGUCCGCUUUUCCUCCUCCGCUGAAGCUGCUGCAGCUGUGGCCGCAGCAGCUGUCGGCAGCAUUCGCAUGCGGGGAAGCAGAAUCAGGGCCACAUGGGCGAAGAAGGACUCGCUGGCGAAGCAUUCACAGGCCACCGAUUCGUCUUGUGUUAGCUGCAGUGGCAGUAUGGGCACAGAGUACUUCGGAAAUGGAGGACCAUGGCAGCCAGGGACCCCUUUUGCCCCCCUACCGACUCAUCAGACAUUGCCGCCACCACCAGAAGAGCCUCACCGCCUCAGUGGUGUGUCGCCCGCUGCCCCACUUCGUCAAUCUCCAGGAGCGGGGAAUUUGGAACACUGCAAAGUCCCGGUGGCAGCAUGCCUCACCCCGCAAUCGGCUCAGGAUUUCGCGUGUCGACUCUGCCGCAUAUUCAUUGCCUUCGACCCCGUCCUGCUACCAUGCUGGCAUAUGUGUUGCAGCGACUGCGUACAGCAGUGCUUCCGCUGGCAGCCAAAUCACCCCACAGAACCCGUUGUAGUCGAUUGCCCCGAAUGCGGCACUGUUUCGCCAGCUUCUGCGAUCAAGAAAAUCGAUGAAGCGGACUCGGGGCUUCUUUUGAGGCUGCGCCAGCUGAAAGACUCCGAGAGGGUAUGUUGCCCGUUCGUCCCCUUAUGCUGUUGGACUGGUAGAGCUACCAGUUUUGUCAGUCACACGUAUUCUCACAUGAUGGCUGACGGCGGCUUGUUCGAUGGCGAUGGAUAUGGCAACUGCGGACCGGCUGCUUUCUCAUCAUCCCUGACGAACAGCGGGUCGAACCAUCGGGACCAGACCCAGCUGUGA